UCGGGUACCGGCGGCUAUGGGCCCACGCGGCCGCGAACGCCGGGCCGGGGCGGUGCAGAGUACGAACGACAGCAGUUCACUCAGCAAGUGCUCCCUCGCGGCGCAUGGUUACGUGCGCGAUCCCUUUGCGGCGUUGCUGGUCGCUGGCGCCCCGCGGCGCGCGCCACUCAUCCACCGCGGCUACUACGUGCGCGCGCGGGCCGUGAGGCACUGUGUGCGCGCCUUCCUGGAGAGCGCUCCCGCCGAGGGCGGCGGGCCGCGCCGGCAGAUCCUAUCGCUGGGCGCGGGAUCCGACUCACUCUACUUCCGCCUGAAAGCCGCGGGCCGCCUGGCUCGGGCCGCCGUGUGGGAAGUGGACUUCCCGGACGUGGCCGAGCGUAAGGCGGCGAGGAUUCGCGCCUCGCCGGAGCUGGCCGCGUUGGCUGGGCCGCCCCUGAGUGCGGCGGACCUGGGCCUCGGCCCCGACUCGGCGCUGCGCUUCGCCGGCGAGGACUACCGCCUCCUGGGCAGCGACCUGCGCGACGUGCCGGCGCUGAGCGACGCCCUGGCGGCGUCCGGCUUAGACGUCGGGGCGCCCACGCUGCUGCUGGCCGAGGCCGUGCUCUCGUACCUGGAGCCGGGCAGCGCCGCGGCCCUGCUGGCAUGGGCCGCGGGCCGCUUCGCCGACGCCCUCUUCGUGCUCUACGAGCAGAUGGGGCCUCACGACCCCUUCGGCCGGGUCAUGCAGCGGCACUUCGAGCGCCUGAGCUCGCCUCUGCACGGGCUGGCCAGCUUCCCCGACGUGGCGGCCCAGCGGCGGCGCUUCCUUGACGCCGGCUGGGGCGCCUGCAGCGUGCUCGACAUGAACGAGUUCUACCACGGCUUCCUCCCUGCCGAGGAGCGGAGGCGCGUCCAGACGCUCGAACCCUUCGAUGAGUUUGAGGAGUGGCACCUCAAGUGUUCCCACUAUUUCAUCUUGGUGGCCUCAACCGCCGGCGGGCCGGGCCAGGCCAUACUGCUGCCGCCCGUGGACACUCUUCCUCGGGUGGAGCCAGCCCCUCCGGUUGGCGUCUUGUCCGCCAGUAUAUUAGGGGAGGCCGAGGGCUGUGACUUGAAGCGGUUUGGCCAUGCCUCGGCCCUCCUGGGCCCCGAUGUUAUCCUCAGCACAGGGGGCUUUGGUGAGCAGGAGGGGCGACAUGCGAGGAUGAGCAAGUGUCAUGUGCUGUUUAGACAAGCCGGCUCUAGGUGGAAUGCGAGCCACGUGUGUGGGAGUGGAGCCCAAUGGGAUGGACGUCUCUUCCACACCAUGACCUCCUUCUCAGAUACUCUGGUUCUUGUGCUGGGUGGGAGACUGUCCCCAGUGACUCCUGCCUUGGGGAUGUACUGGCUCUGCUGCCCCUCCCCAGAGGGAAAUGGUGCUGACAACCUGAAGGUGACCAUCACAGAAGUUGGCCCAGGAUCAGAGUUCCCCUCUCCACGAUGGCGACACUCAGCUGCUAAGGUCCGUUGUCAAAGGCAGACAUACUUGUUUGUGUAUGGAGGACGAAAUGGGAAGGAUCCUGUGCUAGGUGACUGGCAUUUUCUACACCUGGACACAAUGACGUGGGUCAGUUUCCCAGUAGAAGGGCCAGAACCUGAUGCUCGACACUCUCAUAGUGCCUGCAGUUGGAAGGGAGGAGCCCUCAUUGCAGGAGGCCUGAGUGUUUCAGAGGAACCACUGAGCUCUGUACACUUUCUGAAACCAGUCCCUAAUGGAUUUUGUUGGGAAAGGUUGGAGGUCCAGCCUCCUAUCACCCCAAGAUAUUCUCACACAGCCCAUGUAUUUGAUGGAAAGCUGCUGCUGGUAGGAGGAGUCUGGAUUCAUUCCUCCUCUGUUCCUGGAGUGACAGUAAUUGACCUGACCACAAAACUAAGUUCUGAAUACCAUAUUGACACAACCUGUGUUCCAUGGCCUCUAAUGCUGCACAACCAUACCAGCAUCUUCCUACCAGAAGAGCAACAGCUCCUCCUUCUUGGAGGGGGUGGGAACUGCUUUUCUUUUGGUACCCACUUUAAUCCCCACCCAGUCACUUUGGACAUCUCUUCUUUGAGGCCUAGGCAAUGAUUGCUACGGUUCAUAUAGUAAAUAGGUUGAUUUGGUGUGAAAUGUCCAAAAUUAGGAAGUUGAUGUUCCAACUCCUGAAAUGUGGAGAUUUUCUCUGAGAGAAACAGACCAUGUGUAGGAAAUCACAGAUAGGGUAGUUAAAUUAUGACAGCAGAUGAGGCCAUGUAAGAGGCUAUGGAAGGGUACCUGGGAUUGUAGGUGAAUAAGACAACCACAUACCACUCUUUGCCUGCAAAAAACCAAACUACUAGUCUGAAGCACAAAUGGAGCAGCAUGAAGAAGCGGCUUGAACAAGAACAGGGGAAUAAUUCCCAAGAAAACUUGCAAAUCUGCAUUUGCAAAGGUAUCAUUUCAGUCUAUGUUUUACCACUUAGUUUUGUCUCUGUGUAAUCAGUUUAGGUUACAAAUUUCCAGUUAGCUUAUUUCUUUAAGUUUGUUUUUGUUUGUUUAAAAUAAGUUUAUUAAUUUUUUUUAUGUAUUCAUAAUUUGUCCCUCCCACUACACCUCCCCUCCACCCCAUGAAAACCAAAACCCUUAUCAUAAAUAUAUAUAAUAAAGCAAAACAAAUUCUCA